AUGAACAUUCAAAAAUUUUAUCGCUUGUGUUACGUUUUAGAAAAUGUUGGUGGUCUUAACCCGAAUAGAAAUGUUAGCAUCCCCGAGCAAGUUGCAAUGUUUCUUCAGAUUUUGGCACACCACACAAAAAAUGUUGUCGUGCGUAGUCAUUUCAAAAGAUCAGGUUAUACAGUUAGCAACCAUUUUAAUCGGGUCCUUUUGGCCUUGCUAAAACUACAUGAGAUGCUUUUGAUUUCACCAAAACCCGUCGACGAAAACUCGGAUAACGAGCGUUUUUCAUACUUUCAGGGUUGUCUUGGGGCACUUGAUGGGACGUACAUAGAUUGUCGUGUUCCUUAUCUUGAUAAACCAAGAUAUAGAAAUCACAAAGUCAAUGUGUUAUUGAAUGUCCUAGCCGUGUGUGAUAAUAACAUGAACUUUAUUUACUUACUUACUACGUGGGAAGGUUCGGCUGCAGAUAGUAGAAUACUUCGGGACGCGGUAACUAGGGAAAACGGGUUACGGGUCCCCACUGGUAACUACUAUUUGGUUGAUAACGGUUACACGAAUGGCGAGGGGUUCUUAGCACCUUAG